CUUUUCACUCCGACAGACUCUUCUGAAGAUUAUUCGUCAGACUCGACUAUUCCAUCCUCUGAAGAUUAUUUCUCAGAUUCCACUAUGCCGUCAAGUAACGCUACUGUCAUAGGGGAUGACGAUGACUUUGACGACGAACUGUAUACCAUGAAUUAUACGUAUAUAAACGAUAUCGAAAAUAAGAUUGAAACAUACGGUGAGGUAGCAAAUAUCGAACCAUGUAAAGAAAUUCACACAGAAACAAUAGAAUGUAUACGACAUGAUCGCAAUAAAAGAAGUCGAAAGAAUUUACAUCCAAUGAGGUCACCAGACAAACAGAACAACAAUAAUAUCAAUGAUAGCGAUGAUGACUCAACCACAGCAAUUUACGGUACUUGUGUCGUCUAUGAUAUAUUUCUUCGAAAUCCAAUCUUGUUGUUGGAUAGUAAUCCUUCGGAGAAGAAAAUGAAGCCAGGAAUCAAAGCAGGAAUUCAUGCAUCGAAAUGUUUAAAAAAGAGAGUAAGUGGAGUUCCUUUUCAUCUGAUGACACUGACUUAA